AUGUCCCCCAACCACGACCUAAGGACCGAACGCGGCCUCUCCGCCUACCUGGCCUCCCAAUCCAUCUCCCACACCUCCGCCACCCUUCUCACCGGCGGCACCGCAAAUUACGUCUACCGUGUCACCUAUCCCAGCGGCCAAACCACGAUCUACAAACAUGCAGCUCCUUACCUUCACUCCAACACGUCCUUCGCCUUCGAUCCCAGCAGAAUGGACUACGAAGACCGGAUCCUCGAGCUCCUUCCACUGCUACUCAAAAACAAGUUACUUGACUCCAGUGUCCACGCUGUAGGCGUAAAAAGCUAUGAUUGCGAUAAGAAAUUGCUGGGUAUUGAAGAUGGUGGGAAGAGGCAUCUAAAAGACGCAUAUACCGAUCCCGCCCUCGACGUACCUUCCGUCGGCGCGUCCUUGGGCGCCUGGCUCGCCACGCUGCACGCCUCCACGGUUUUAACACCGUUAUCGCUCGACUUUAAUUCCCAAGAUCUCGAGGAAAACAACAAAGUAGCAGUCAACGUCUACCGCCAUUCCUACAAGAACCUCUCUACCGCCUUCGCAGACUUCACUGAUCUUUCAAAUGGAGAUAUCGAACUUGCGCAGCAGAUCAACGACGAGUAUGGGAGUCGGCUGGAGCACGACAACGAGUGCAUCUGCCACGGGGAUUUCUGGCCUGGUAACGUGAUGGUAAAACCCCAUUCUGUCUCCUCAGAAACAAAGGAGGAAGAGAGGCAGGGGAGAGUUGACCUCACGGUUGUCGACUGGGAAAUGACGAGGAGGGGGACGAGCGCCACAGACUUAGCCCAGUUCUGUGCCGAGUCCUUCCUACUCGACCGCUUUUGCGGUAACCGCGGACUCCUCCCUGCCGUUUUGAAUGCGUACCUCUCCCAUCGCCUUUCCCUCUCAUCUGCUCUUCCGUUCCCAGAUAAAGAAUGGUUCCGCCGACUCGCCAUCCACUGGGGCGUCCACGUAGCCUUCUGGCCCACACGAGUCGAAUGGACAGAUCGUGCAGGUACUCAGGACCUUGUGGCGAUUGGUAAGGAGGUGCUGAAAGCUGCUACCGAGAGUAAGUGGGACGUGCUCUUUGGAAGUACGAGUGAGGGAUAUGUUGAUGUGCCGUGUGUUGGGUUACCGGUGUUUCGAGGGCUGGAAGAGAGGUUUACACCAGAGUUCUGA